CCCUAUAAUUUGUCAAAGCCUCCCUAAACACAAAAAUUUUAAAUAAACAAACCUCUAUAGAUACGUAAACUAUAUUUAUACAUACAUUUAUAUCAAACCCGCCGGCUUGGCUCUGCCGUCACACGGCAAUGAAGGAGCCAAUGAUGCGGCGGCGCACACUCAUGAUCUGCGAGAAACUCUCACUUCCGUCGUUUCAAGUGAUAGAGAUAAACGCAGAUGUGGGAUGUGUUUGUUGUCAAGACAGAGUCUCAAGGAUUGUCUCCAAGAUGACCGGAAUCGAAGAGUACGUGGUUGAUUUGAAGAAGAAGCUGGUCAUGGCACGAGGUGACUUUAAGCCACGUUUGGUUUCUUCUCAUCAACAACAAGUCAAGGAUGUUGUCUCUCAAACUCCUUCUCAAAAUGCCAAACGCCUUUUGCGACCUCUAAAUCUAUUCCUUCGUUCCAUUUUCUGUCUUUGUUUACGUCCACGUACAUUAUAAAAUUCGAGUCUCACUUACUAGUACAAAACGCAUUACUCUAGUUAAUAGUUGUACAAAGUAAUUUAUAUAUCCAGAUUGAUUUUUUUGUGGUA